AACAUGAGCCACCCAGCCCUCCACGGCAGGAGUAGCACACACACACUCUCACACACACACACACUCACACACACACACACGCUCACACACACACACACACGGCCACGGGCAGCCAGGGAGCCAGCACUGACAGCGGCAGCUCCCUGGAAGAGGACAGCGGCGUCUGCGUGUCGGUCGCCGCUCCUACGACGCCUUCCCGUCCCGGCGCAGAGCCGCGGGGCCACGGAGCCGCAGCAUCCAUGGAGGAGCCCACGGGCAACACCGUCGUCAUCCGCAUCGGAAUCCCAGACCUGCAACAGACGAAAUGUAUCAAGUUCAACGUGGACGCUCCCAUCUGGCUGUCCAAGCAGAGGAUCCUCUGCACGCUCAACCAGAGCCUGAAGGACGUCCUCAACUAUGGCCUCUUCCAGCCGGCGUACAACGGCAAGGCCGGCAAGUUCCUGGACGAGGAAAGACAGCUGAGGGAAUAUCCUUUCCCCUCCAUCGCACCUGUACCGUACCUGGAGUUCCGCUACAAGAGACGCGUCUACACUCAGGCCUACUUGGAUGAGAAGCAGCUGUCCAAGCUGCACACCAAGGCCAACCUGAAGAAGUUGAUGGAGUUUGUGCAGCAGAGGAACACUGAGAAGGUCUCACGCUUUUUGGAGAAGGGUUUGGAUCCCAACUUCCACGAUCCUGACACAGGAGAAUGCCCUCUGACCCUGGCUGCACAGCUGGAGGGAUGUGCAGAAGUCAUCAAGGCCCUGAAGAGUGGAGGAGCACAUCUGGACUUCAGGACCAAAGAUGGCAUCACAGCUCUGCACAAGGCGGUGCGGAGCAAGAACCACAUGGCCCUCAUUACGCUGUUGGACUUGGGUGCGUCCCCCGACUACAAGGACAGUCGGGGUCUGACUCCUCUCUACCACAGCUCCAUGGUGGGAGGAGACCCCUACUGCUGCGAGCUGCUGCUGCACGACCACGCGCAGGUGGGCUGCGUGGACGAGAACGGCUGGCAGGAGAUCCACCAGGCGUGUCGCUACGGUCACGUGCAGCACCUGGAACAUCUGCUCUUCUACGGGGCUGAAAUGAGCGCCCAGAACGCGUCUGGGAACACGGCCCUGCAUGUGUGCGCACUCUACAACCAGGACAGCUGUGCUCGGGUUCUCCUCUUCCGGGGCGCCGACAAGGAGAUCAGGAACUACAACAGCCAGACGGCCUUCCAGGUGGCCAUCAUAGCAGGAAACUUUGACCUGGCUGAGAUCAUCAAGGUCCACAAAGCGUCAGAUGUCGUGCCUUUCAGGGAGACACCUUCCUACACCAACCGUCGACGCGUGACGCCCGGCGCCUUGCCCUCGCCCCGCUCCCUGCUGCGCUCGGCCAGCGACAACAACCUGAACGGCGACAAGGACCACAUCCAGCGCCAUCAGGUCCACAGAGAGUCCCGGGGCCGCCAGGGUCACUCGCCGGUCCCCUCGCUGCGCAGUCUGCCGGCUCUUGGACAACAACAUGGCAGCCUGGGAGAGAGUCGCCAUGCAGACUUCCCUGACAGCAGCCUGCAGAGCACCACCAGCUCCAGGUCCUCCCAGUCCCGCUCACCUUCCUUGCAUCACUGGCAGGACCAGGACAGGCCCGUGCCCAGGAGGUCCCACAGCCACGGGCACGGUCCCCAUGGAAGACUCAGCCCCGGGUCCGUGCAGCGGGACCCCAGCCCGCCUCAUCACACCCCGCCGGCGCUGACGGGCACACGCGGGCCCAAGCGGAAACUCUACAGUGCCGUCCCGGGUCGCACCUUCAUCGUCGUCAAGCCUUACGCCCCGCAGGGGGAGGGGGAGAUCCAGCUCAAUCGCGGAGAGAGGGUCAAAGGUAGGGAGGUCCUCGUUUUGCCCCGUGUGUGCAUUUAAGUGUGUGUGUGUCCAUUAGUGCACCUGACCACUUCCCAGCAGGCAACCUUGACUAUACGUCCUACUUUGAAACAAUAAAGUAGUUGUAUUUGCAACGGAGACAACGUUGUCGGUUGGGAAAUGACCACAUUUCAAUGUCAAAUCAACGCCACAACAUGACAUUGAAUCGAUGUCGUCAAGAAGCAUGUUGUUUCAAC